AUGACAACACAAACAACGGUCGCGACAUCGGUUGACAAUGUCAGCGACGUCCACGCCGCUACCACCAGAGGCUACAACAUCACUCAACGAGGGUCUCAGAACAUCUCCAUGGGGGGGCAGCACCCGUACCAGCUCCCCAAAUUCACUGACAUGAAGGAGAAACGCAAGUGGAUGUUGCAACACAUGGCGGGAGCGUUCAGAGUAUUCGCUCGUAAAGGCUACACCGAAGGCACCGCCGGCCACAUCCUGAUCCGCGACCCUGUUGACCCCACCACGUUCUGGAUUAAUCCGUUGGGCAAGCACUUUGGCCUCAUGAAGGCGCUGGACAUGGUCCACGUUGACGAGGACGGCAACAUCUUGCCUGACGGCAACCAAUGCGCCAUCAACGCCGCCGGGUUUGCCAUCCACUCGGCGCUUCACCGGGCUCGACCCGAUGUCGAUGCUGCCUGCCACACCCACUCUGUCCACGGCAAGGCAUUCCUGGCGCUUGGCCAGGAGCUUGCCAUGAUCAACCAGGACGUGUGUACUUUCUACAAGUCGCAUGCGUUGUAUAACGACUUUGGUGGGGUGGCGCUUGAAGCCAAAGAAGGUGAGGCGAUCGCUGAAGCUGUUGGCCAAGGCAAGGGAGCGAUUUUGCGUAAUCACGGAUUGAUCACUGUGGGUAAAACCGUCGACGAAGCCGCUUACUUGUUUACGCUUAUGGAACGCUCGUGUGAAACUCAAUUGUUGGCGCAGGCCGCCCUCAAACCGGGACAGGAGUUGUGGUUGUGUGGCGACGAAGAGGCUGCUUAUACCGAGCACGAGUCGGGCGAUCCCGAGACGUUGUAUACUGAGUUCCAACCGGACUACGAGAUGGAAUUGGAAUUAAACCCUAGCUUCUUAAAAUAA